AGCGGGGAGUGGGAAAAGGCCAAAAUUUUGCCCUAGCCCAAGAAAGGAAGCAUCCAGGAGAACCCCAAAGAAAUAAUUAAUACAUAAGCCAACAGAACCCGAAACCGCACCUCAGACAGUCCAACGAGUACCACUUUGGACCUUCCCACCGGAGAGCUCCCGGAAUUGCGCUCCCUCCGCCACCCGCAUCCAUCCAAACCCCACCGAAUUCCGAGCCCUCUCUUCGAGAUCCCUGACCGGACAUCGGAGCCCUCGAGCUCGCUCUUCCUCCUCCUCCCUUCGCCGGGGCCGGCGAGAAGGCGAUGGUCUGAUCCCCCUCCCUCACGAUCCGGAGGACAGACGACACAAGGGAAGCGAUUGCGAUGGGCUGCGCUGGAUCCACCCAGAGCAAAGACGAAGAGAAUACUACCAGAAAACUCCAAAAGCCAAAACCGUGGAAGCAUACUCAACCAAUAACCAGGACUCAGCUUAUACAGAUGCGUGAUGAAUUUUGGGAUACAGCCCCUCAUUACGGUGGCCAGAAAGAGAUUUGGGAUGCACUCCGAGCUGCAGCAGAAGCUGAUUUAACCCUUGCACAAGCAAUAGUGGACAGUGCUGGUAUAAUUGUUUCAAAUGCUGACAUGACUCUUUGUUAUGAUGAAAGAGGUGCUAAAUAUGAAUUGCCCAAGUAUGUUUUAAGCGAGCCGACAAAUUUGAUUCGGGAUAGUUGACCGAAGUGGGGAUCUCAAGCAUGAAUAAGUCAUCAUUGUAAAUCAUGUAAAUGACUCACCCUCCUCGUAUCUUUACUGAAAGUCCAGUUUGAGCUUCUGCUCAGAACUUCAAACUUGAACCAUUUUCAUCUCAAGCUUCUAUCUGUAGCUGGAGCUCACUUGAUAAUCAACAGAAUACAAGCGUACCUCGUGUAGUGGUCCAUUCAUCUAUUUUUGAAAAGAUGUGCUUUCUGGCUUAUGUGUACAUGCUAAAAGGAUGCAGUUGUUGAAAAAUUAUUCUUUCUGCCCAUGGAAGACAGAGCUCAGAAUGGAUGGAGCGAUUUGAUAGAUAGAACUCAAGCGCAAUAUAUUCUUUAUAUAAAUCGGCAUUUCUGCAAGUAUAUCCUUCAAAGAUGCCAAGCGUUAAUGGGAUCUGAAGUUUCUAAAUGAAUUGCAUUGUUGUUCUGGCCUUUUGAAGGCAUUCCUGGAGUAUGAUCAAGGCAAGUAUGGAUCAAUUACCAAAAGAACUGCCAGAAAUAGUUUUUGUCGAUUAAACUUUUUGCAUGACCUUUGGACUUGUGGUUACAUUCCCAAGAGACACCAUGGUAGCAAUGGCUUCAGUUUUCUAAA